CCCUCUCCCUGCCUUGUGACGUCUCUCAUGUUCAAAUGGCUGCUACAGAAACGAAACCCGAAGGUAAUGAAGUGGAAGCACAUAUUCAACCUCUCACAUUUAAGACCGUUGUGUUGAGAGUCUCCAUUCACUGCGAAGGAUGCAAAAGGAAAGUAAAGAAAGUUCUACAAGCCAUAGACGGAGUUUAUAACAUAGACAUUGAUUUGAGGCAACAAAAAGUCAUAGUAACGGGAAACGUAGGGAGCGAGACGUUGAUUAAGAAAUUAACUAAGAUAGGGAAGCACGCAGAGUUAUGGCCUGAAAAAGCAGAUUCCAAAAAGAAAAAAGCAGAGAACAUAGAGAAACAAAGCAACCCAGAAAGCAGCGAAGAAAUCAACCAAAGCGGUGGUAAAGAUAAAGAUAAAGAACCUGUCGCCCAAGACACAUCCAAAACUGCCGAAGUCACUGCAAAUAAUAAUAACAAUAAUAACGCCGUUAAAAACAGCGACGGAUGCGGUGCGGUUAACGUUAACAAAGCCAACGAAGGAUGCUCCACCGGUAAAACCGGUGUGCAGUUUCAAGAACCAAAGCCAGAGGCCAGACAAGCCGCCAUGUUACCGGCCGAACCAGUAACGGAGAAAAAAGUCAGCGUAGCAGUUCAAUUUCCUAACGAAAAUGAAGCACCGGAGAGUGAGAAAAUUGGCGAGGGCGGAGGGAAAAAGAAGAAAAAGAAGGGUAAAGGGAAUAGCAACAAUGGCAACGAGGGUGCUAGUGCUACGGCUAGGGCUACGGCUACGGCUACGGCUAGUACUAACGCUACCGUUACGGUUGAAGAUCGCGGUGAUGCCCCUCCCAACGGUGGUUUCGGUAACCAGUCACAGGGACACGCUCAUGUGAUUCAUGUCCCUGGGCCAGUUCCAUUUUCAAGACCAGCCAAUGAGAGUCCUCCACGUCAUCACAUUUACCAUCAAUAUCCACCGCAUUAUUAUGCUCCUCCGGUUCAUACAGUGAACUAUCACACAGCUUAUCCAAGCAGCAGCUACGGUGCAGCGUAUUAUGCGUCUCCACAACCGUAUUCAUACACCCAUGUGGUGCGACCAGUGAACGAAAUGGAGGCUCCACCGUAUGUAUACGAAUCGGAAUCGUAUACUACAUCGCAGCCGUCUGAUUCAUUCGUGUACUUUAGCGAUGAAAAUCCUAAUGCGUGCUCAGUCAUGUGAGGGUGAGUGCAAUCAUUCCAUUUGAGUGCAUUUUGGACUUUUACACAUACAACUUGUAUGAGCAUGGCCAUGGCCAUAGUGUAAUUUUGUAAUGCUUGUAGAUAUACAAGAAUAUUAUAACAGCCUUUUCUUUUUUAUUUUAAGGGAAAGAAGAAAAAGAUGAACUUUUUCGUGUUUUGAACGGAUGAAAUUGUU